AUGGACCCGGCGGCUGCGGUGGUUUCCCGGGUAUGCAACUCGGUGCACGGUAGGCUGAAGGCAGAGGCUUUUCUGUUAACUGGCGUGGUGCUCUCCGAAAGGGUGAGGAUAGGCUGCGGUGAUGCUGGGGCGGCGUCGCGGUACGCGGAUAAGUUAUGGGGUGCUGCACGACUCGGGGAAAGGUUAUGUGAGGGUCUAAAGCUGACUGAAGAAGAACAACAGGAGGUGGUGGUUAGUAGUGAAGAGGUGAUUAUUUCAGAGGCAAAGAGUAAACACUGUUUCUUGAUGAUGGCGGUAACAGAUAAGGAAGCAAACAAAGGUGCUCUUAGAAACACUAUGGCACGAGUGUGGCAAAUAGAAGGGAAGGCUGUUUUCAAAGAAGUAGGGAGGAAUAAGUUCCUAGUGGAGUUGAAGGAGAAAGCUGAUAAGAAGAGAAUCAUGCAGGGAAGACCUUGGUCGUUUGACAAAAAUCUAAUUUGUCUGCAGGAUUGUGAAGGCCACGAGUCUUGGAAGGAAAUGCAAUUCCAGCAUGAACCUUUUUGGGUGCAAUGUCAUGACCCUCCUUUUGCUGGGAUGAAUGCUAACACUGGAUUUAACCUGGGCAAGUCAAUGGGGGAGGUACUCAUGGUGGACACGGAUGAUAGUGGGGUAUGCUGGGGUAGUUUCCUAAGGUUAAGGGUAAUGAUAGACCUUACAAAACCUUUGGCGAGAGGGAGAUUUUUAACUCUCGGGAACGCAAAGUACUGGAUCCCUUUCAAGUACGAAAGGUUACCAAACUUUUGUUAUCAUUGUGGGAAGAUCAAGCAUGUCACUGGAAUGUGUGACAAACUUGAUAGAGGAAAAGCCAGCUUGGAAGGCUUCAACCAACAGUAUGGUGCAUGGCUAAGAACCAGUCCAAAAUCAUCUUUUGCUGAGGGUUCUCAAUCCAGAAGGGAAACAGGUCAGGGCAGGAUAUCGGGUCAUGACCAGAGAAAGGGAGAUGGAGAGGUACAACAGGAAAAAGAUGCACCAGAGGGAAGAGAGGAGAGUGUAAUGGCGGGAACUGAGGAGGUACAAGAGGCGGGAAACCAGGGUGGUAGGUAUGGCUCUCAGAGUAAAGCUGACAUAUCCUGCGAAGAGAGAGGAAUAAGUGUAUUAGUAGAAGCUACAUUGGGAAAGGAAUUACCUGAAGAGGGUGAUCCUCCUGCUCAGGUCACCAAUGUAAUUUCUCAAAGGGACAAAGCUAAAACAGGCAAGUGGAAGAGGAAAGCACGUGCUAGACUAGUCAGCAAUGAAUUACAGCAUAAUACGUGUGACAUGGAGUUGGAUAAGCCUAGUAAAGCAAGGAAAAGAAAGGGUCAAAUAGACAAUGGAAGGCUGGUUGGCAAAAGAAGUAAACAGACUCAUGUUGAGGAAGAAGAAGAGUGUGUGCUUAAGGCAAUGGCUGCUAUGCAGAACUGCCAAUCCCCAUGA